AAUGCGGCCUGCCGUAAAGACAGAGGCGGGUUGUUAAGUAUACUCUCUACUUUACGGCGUACCCGAGAACGCCCCCGCAGGGGCGGUGCUUUGGAGGUGAACCCGGGUUGGGAGGUUCAGCUCCUCCCACCCCCCCGCUCUGGCCAGCAAAGGUCGCCAGUGACAGGGAUCAGUUGUGGGAGGCGAGUGGUCCUUCUGCACACGGUAUCUGGGCCUAGUCUGGAUUCAUUAAAGUCCCUGGCGCCCAGCACUGAGUGGCAUGCAUAAGUAUUGGUGUCAUGAACAACGGUCAGCCCCCGGCUUGCCCGCAAGGAAGGGCGUCGGGCGGAGGCACCAGUUCCUCCCGGAAGCUUUUUGUCGCUAUCGCCACCAGCCCCUGGCAGUGGCAGUGGCCGUGGCCGGGCGUGAAGGCGGCCUCUCGGGCUGCAUGCCUCCUGGAGCUGGGGCCACGUCUCAGUGGUGGAACGCCUAGUCGGGGCGUGGGGCUGAGCCCUCGUGUCCUCAGGGCCCAGCCAGACAUAAAGCAGCGUGGUGCGGCGGAAAGGGGUCCCAAGGAAAGUCCUCGGAUCCAACUUCGAAUUACCGGCCUCCUCACUGAGCUUUGGGAGAAACAGCGGUGCUUCCUUCCCGCGGGUGCGGAGAGGAAGAAUGAAACGUUGCCUACUCCCUGCCUCUUAUCUUCCUCUUUAUGCCUAGCCUGGAGCUCAACUCCAGGAUUGAAGACUAUCGCUGACCGGAGUGCUUUUCACGGUUCUGAAGCUUAUACCAGUAGAACUCACUGGGCACUCUGCAUUCUACUGACCUUAGAAAGAAGUAAGGUCAUAUUUGAUGUCCUUUUCUUUGGCUGGAAACCCGAGCCAACCUUGGAAAAUACAAGCUCUUAACAAGGAUAGUGCUGUGGGCGCUGGCAUUUCCAUGAUUAG